AUGCGGUCCAAAGCCGUCGUCUUUUUCCUUCUUUCGACGCUUCUCGCGCCUUUGGUCGCCUCUGAAUCCUUCACAGGCCCCGUCAAAGCAAAACGGAGUCCCCCGGUCACAUACCCGAUCCACCGACGCGGCUCCUUGUACAAGACAACCGUCGACGAAGAUCAAGAUGCGCAUUUCGAGUGGUUAAAACUCGUUAGAGAACGGGAUAUCAUUCGCGGUCAGCGUCUACGUGCCAGCGCGGACGGGACGGGCGCUAGCAGUAAGAACCGUCGCGGUUCGUGGGAGACGGCAGCAUUGAGCAGCUGGGCGGGAGAUAUAUUCUAUUUUACAAACAUUAAAAUGGGUACUCCCCCGCAAAGCAUCGAUGUUAACCUCGAUACGGGUUCAAGUGAUCUCUGGGUCGCAAGUAAAACGUGUCUAACUUGCAACACGACGACUGUUCAACCCUACUACGACAACUCGUCUAGCACGUUUGACUCGUCGACCUCGAGCACAUUCAGCGCCACUUCUGAUGUAGCCACCGUCUCCUAUGGUGACGGCAGUGCUGUACGUGGCAUUGUAUCCAGCGACACUGUCUCUCUAGGCUCCUUUACUGCGCCUAACCAAACUUUCAUCCUCGUCACUGCUCAAAACGAGGAUUUCAGCGUUGCGGGACUCAUGGGUCUUGGGUUUCCCAGACUCUCUCAGAGCGGUGGCACCCCGUGGUGGCUCAACGUCCUCUCCGAAUUCGAGCAACCAGAGAUGAGCUUCUAUAUGGCUCAAUGGAACAACCAAACCGACCCGGUUAUCCCUGGUGGCCAGUUCACCAUGGGCGGUCGAAACAGUACGCUGUAUGAUGGAGAAGUGCAGUUUGUGCCUCUCAUCUCGCAAACAUAUUGGACGGUACAAAUCGAUGGGGUACAUGUCACCGACACCACGACGUUGAGCUUGACAAAUCAGUACAAUGUCGCGAUUAUCGACACCGGUAGCACCCUCAUCCUGGGCCCCGGCGAGGUCGUCGAUGAAUUCUACAAAGCUGUUCCUGGUGCAGUCCGGGGCACAACUUUGUCGCCGCAGUUGGCAGGGUACUGGCUUAUUCCUUGCAACACAACCAUCAACGCCAAAUUCCAGUUCUCAAACUCUGUCACCGUCACACUCCCCGCCACUCUGCUCGGCUUCCAACUUGUCGGACGCGCGUUACCGGGAUAUUGCACAGGCUCGAUCCUUGGUUCGAGCAAUGGUCCGUACGAGCAACCAACACCAUCAUCAAUCCCUUCGUGGAUCUUUGGCGACGCGUUCCUUCGAGCUACCUACACCGUGUUCCGCAAAGGUCCCCUAUCCAGCAAUGAUACUGGAACCGACGAAGCUGGCGUCGGAUUCGCGCCGCUCAAAGGUGUCGAUUAUAAUACGAACGGACUGGCGAUGUUGGGUGUCGAUGGCAAUGGCAUUGAUGGGCGGAUUGGGAACGCGGGCGUCAUUAUCCCCGGUGGAACAGAUGGGACGACCAUUCCGGGUCCGACUGGGGUGCAUACGACAACGGCAGCGUACGGGUCGUCUGGUCCAGGCAGUGCCUCAAAUACCGGAGGAUCCAAUGGGACUUCGCAAAAUGGGAAAGGGUAUUUACUCUUACCAGGACACAAAGUAAUUUCGUUAGCAUUGCUCGCUCUCGUGCUUGUACUCUAG